AUGAUAUCCAGAACCAUUGGUGAAUCCAUUCCGCCCAACACAAAGCAUGCUGUAUCCGUGUGUUUGCCCACAUGGGAAGCUACAGUAGGUUAUGAAGAGGGUGAGAGCGACAUAAUAAACUCACUUACCACUGGAUAUCCAAGGUUCUUCGUGCACAAGUCAAUAAAAAAGCUAUGCGAAGUUCUAUGCGCUAAGUACUCCAUGGAAGAUGAAACUUGUCUUUGCUUCCCCUCUUACAGGGUUGCUAAUAGGUGCAGAGAGUUCAUCAAAGUGAAAACAGGCCUUUCUACCAAAGUACGCAUCUUACAAUUGUGUACACCUAAACCUGUGAACCAAGAGGAGAAGCUCUGGAAAAGGGAAUGUAAAAUCACGGUGGUCUUUGUAGAUCGGGAAAUAUUUCCAGUGAUGAAACAGUAUUGGCAACAUUCUGGAGAAAUCGUAUCUAGUAGAAUGGCAGAGUAUAUUCUCCAUGAAUUACAAGUCAAGGAUAAUCUUAAGAAGAUGGAAACAGUCGCUGAUGGCAGAAAAUUUAUGGCCGAAGAUGAAAGUAGAGUGAACGAAGAAUAUGUGGAAACGAGAUUUGGAAGAAAUUUAAACUUUCUUGCUGCUGAUAAAGCUAAAUAUUUAAUACGAAAGAGGAUUGCUACAAAAGUUGUUGAAAAACUUGACUCCGAAAGCUUAUCGGACUUAUUCUCUUUUGAACAUUAUAACGAGAACAACGGUCCCUUCAAUAUUGGUAAUGGGGAAUCUCUGAAUGGUGACCAGUUGAAUUCAGACGUCCCUGCCGAAACAAUCAACUCUAUGGGAGAGAGUAGUGCCAACAGUACUUUUGAAAACAUGGCUACAGAUGACUUGAAGUUUCAUGUCAACCCUGAUACAGAUGUUUAUUUAUUUCCAAGUGGGAUGGCUUCCAUUUUUACUGCCCAUAGGCUACUUUUAAACUUCGAUGCCAACCGUUUGUCUAGGUCUUCUACUAGGCAGGAUAAGUUGAUUGGAUAUGGACCCCCGUUCAAGAAGACUGUCAUGUUUGGAUUCCCAUAUACAGAUACCUUGAGUAUUCUUCGGAAAUUCAAUCACACGCAUUUCUUGGGACAGGGAGACUCAACGUCAAUGGACGCUUUAAAGAACAUUCUACAUUCUGGUGAACAAAUACUGGCGGUCUUCAUAGAAGCUCCAUCGAACCCACUAUUGAAAAUGGGAGAUUUACAAGAACUGAAAAGGCUAUCGGAUCUAUAUUCAUUUUACAUUGUGGUCGAUGAAACUGUUGGUGGCUUUGUGAAUAUAGACGUAUUACCGUAUGCUGAUAUUGUUUGUAGUUCUUUGACGAAAAUUUUCAGCGGUGACUCCAACGUUAUUGCAGGUUCCUUAGUGCUGAAUCCUAGGGGCAAGAUUUAUGAGUUUGCUAGGAAGUUUAUGAAGACAGAAGACGGCUAUGAAGAUUGCUUAUGGUGCGAAGAUGCAUUAUGCUUGGAAAGGAAUUCAAGAGACUUCGUGGAACGCACAAUCAAGGUGAAUACGAACACUGAUAUAUUACUAACAAAGGUGUUAUUGCCUCAGGUAGGAAAAUUGUUCAAGAAAAUAUAUUACCCUAGUUUAACAUCAGGGGAGACCAAGCGGAAUUAUGACAGUGUUAUGUCUACAAAAGAUGGUGGGUAUGGAGGCUUAUUUUCAUUAACUUUCUUUAAUAUCGAAGAGGCAAAGAAGUUUUUCAAUAAUCUAGAAUUGUGCAAAGGACCCUCCCUCGGUACGAAUUUUACUUUGGCCUGCCCGUAUGCUAUUAUUGCCCAUUACCAGGAAUUGGACGAGGUAGCUCGAUAUGGUGUCGAAAAAAAUCUUGUCAGAGUGAGCGUCGGUUUGGAAAACAGCGACGUUUUAUGCAAGGUUUUCCAACGUGCCAUUGAAAAAGCUUUAGAGGAAUGA